CUUCAUUCAACUCGCUCUGGUAUUCUGUCACUCUUUGACUGUUUCACGCUCCUUAUUGUCUUUUGUCAUUCUUUUCAAGUCACUCUUUUAUCUUACCGGCCACGCUCAUUAUGGUCCGUUUAGGAUUGACCGCUCUGCUUUUCGCAGGGUUGUCCACUGCUGUUCAAGCAACUGAACAGGCUACUGAUGUUACCCAAUUUCCUGGUGCCUACAUAUUUGAAUUCGAAGAAAAUCACAAUAUUCUGGAUUUUCACGAAUUAAUUGAUGAUGAUGUCAAGUUCACCACCCGCUUGGAACUCGAUUAUGAUCUCUUCAAGGGCGUUUCUGUCCAGUUUAACGAUGUUACUACUGCCGGGCAGAUGGCCGCUAAGAUAGCUGAGCUUCCACCUAUCAAGAACAUGUGGCCUGUCAAGCUCUACAGUAUUCCUCAGCCACGUGUUGAGUGGACUGCUACGGCUGACAUGGAGGCUCCUCUCAAGAAGCGUAAUCUGCAUAGUAAGGCUGAUACGUACUCGACUCACGUCAUGACUCAGGUUGAUAAGCUGAGGAAGAAGGGCAUUACUGGACAUGGUAUCAAGGUUGCUGUUGUUGACACUGGUAUCGACUAUUUGCAUCCUGCUCUCGGUGGCGGCUUCAGUCCCGACUACCUUGUUUCUUUUGGUACUGACUUCGUUGGAGACGCCUAUAAUGGUUCUAACACUGCCCACCCUGACGAUGACCCAAUGGAUUGCAUGGGACACGGAUCUCACGUCGCUGGCAUUAUCGCUGCUCAAGAGAACGAGUAUGGUUUCACUGGUGCUGCUCCCGGAGUCAAACUCGGCGCCUACAAAGUCUUUGGAUGCACUGGACAAGCCGGUACCGAUGUUCUCAUUGCCGCUUUUAACCAGGCUUACCAGGAUACCGCUGACAUCAUUACCGCUUCCAUUGGAGGACCCAGUGGAUGGUCUGAGGAACCCUGGGCUGUCGUCGUCUCUCGAAUUGUCGAGAAGGGCGUUCCUUGUACUCUCGCUGCUGGUAACUCUGGCGAUCAGGGUAUCUUUUACGCCUCCAGCGCCGCCAACGGUAAGAAGGUCAUGGCUAUUGCGUCUUAUGACAACAGCGACUACGUUUCUCUUAUCAACAUCACUCACUACACUGUCGAUGGCUCCAGCAAGAAGACUGACUUUGGUUACACUGCUGGCGCUCCCGCUGCUUGGGACAACGUUACUCUGCCUCUUUGGGCUCCUAACCUGGACCCUAUUAUACCCAACGGUGGCUGUGAUCCUUACCCUGCUAAUACACCUGAUCUCGGCGGAAACAUCGUUUUGAUCCGUCGUGGAAACUGUACUUUCGUCCAGAAGGCACAGAAUGCUGCUAUGCAUGGCGCAAAGUACUUGAUGUUCUACAACGAUCUUCCCGGGGCCGGUUCUGUAACCCUUGACCUUUCAACUGUUGAUGGUCUCCGUGCUGUUGCUAUGCUGAACUCCAAGGUCGGUACCACGUGGGUUGAACUUCUUAAAAAGGGAUCUAAAGUCACUCUCGAUAUGGCUCACCGCUCUAAUAAGAAGGUCAUUCUUGUAGAGAACAAGAACAAUCAGACUGGCGGCGCUGUGAGCACUUACUCCUCUUGGGGACCGACUUGGGAGAUGGAUGUCAAGCCCCAAUUUGGUGCACCUGGUGGACACAUUCUCUCGACCUAUCCUCUCAAGAAGGGAGGUUAUGCUGUUCUUUCCGGAACUUCAAUGGCUACUCCCUUGGCCGCCGCUAUUAUCGCUCUCAUUGCUCAGGUUCGAGGAAGACUUGAGCCACAGGAGUAUGAGACCCUUCUGUCUUCCACUGCCAACCCUGCGCUUUACAACGACGGUAAUAAGACCUACGACUAUCUUGCUCCUGUGCCUCAACAAGGUGCUGGUUUGAUUCAAGCCUACGACGCUGCUUACUCUACCCUCUUGAUGAGCCAUUCCAGCCUGUCUUUCAACGAUACCGAUCACUUCACUGAGGUUCUCAACUUCACUCUUCACAACACUGGUGACAAGGGUCUUGAUCUCAGCAUCUCGCAUGUUCCCACCAAGAGCGUCUACACUCUUAUCAAUGGCAGCAUGUAUGCUUCUAUGUUCCCCAACGAAGUUGUAGAUGCCCACGCCAGCCUCAAGUUCAGCGAGGCCAAGGUUAGCAUUGGUGCUGGUGACUCUGUUACCAUUGAGGUCAUGCCAACUCCUCCCGAGGGCGUUGAUGCUAAGCGUCUUGCACUUUGGUCUGGAUACAUCGCUGUCAAUGGCACGGGAGUCUCCCUGUCUCUUCCCUACCAGGGUCUAACUGGCUCUCUUCGCAACUCCCGUGUCUUAGCCGCUGAUGAUACCUGGAUCACCAAGUCUAAUGAUACAAACCUCAAUCCCGUACCAGGAAAUUACACUUUUGUUGUUCCUAUCAGAGGACAGAACGCUACUAAUGAGAAGCCUGCUCCUGCUCUAGCAUGGAAUCUCGCUUUAGGAUCUGCUAAGCUAGAAGCUCAACUGAUUCCCGUCCAUGGUAACUCGACUGGCAAGAGUGUGGGAGCACCUGCUUGGUUCCCUGCCUUGUGGGUCCCUUCGGGCCCGAAUGCCAUUACUCUCACCGGCCAGAUGGCCGAUGGAGGAUAUGCACCUGCUGGAAAGUACAAAGUUGCUUAUCGUGCUCUGAGAAUCUUCGGAAAUGAGAAGAAGGAGAGCGAUUGGGAUAAGUCUGAGUCGCCUGUCUUCAGCUUUAGGUACCCUUGAACAUCAUGGUUGUUUGGCACGUUAUGAAAUGACUGUGAUGCCAUUACAGACAGUGGUGGG